UUCCCACUCAAACCCUCGCCAAGCUGUCCUCUUCCUCUUGCUCUCUCUCGAGCUGAAAUCUCUGUCUCUCGACCUCACUCCAAUCCAAUCCAAUCCCCAAACCCCUCCUCUUCACUACCUCAACUCUCCUUGCUGUCGCAAUCAUUCGUGGGGGAGCGCGCUUUAAUCCGUCCCCGAAUUCUGUGGCGCCCAGUCUCCCCACUCGGAUUUCGCAUCACCUCCUCCUCCGCUCCUCCCAGUUUCUUUCAUUCUAUAUUGCCAUCUUGGUCGCGUUGCUUCUUCCCGACCUCCGCGUCUCCGACCACUUGUUGGACUCGGUCCUAUCCACCUGGUUUCCUCGCUUCCGUCGCCAUUGCCGCUCCAUCUCUGUGCUCACGCCGCCUGCUUCUUUGGACCGUUUCGGGCCUUGUCCCUGCCCGUCCGUGCAGCGACUGAUCCCGAGCUCCAAAUCUCGUCCUUGUUUUUCCCCAAUCAAGAGCACAAGAUUCUUGAACACGCUUUAAUCCUAGUAGCCAUAGAUGAGGAGGCCGUCCUGACACUUCUUGGCCAGGUUCUCCGGCUGCUCUGCUCUUGAGCCCUACUGGUAUGGGCUUCUUGAUCUGGGCCUGCCUCCUCCAGCUGCUGUUCUUGGGAUCCCCUCGAGUGGCGGCGCAGUCGCCGGCCAGGAUCCUCGACGCAGCGCUGCAGGACUACGCGUACCGGGCAUUCGUGCGCCCGCGCACUGGCAUUGUCUACAACGCCACCUUGCCGGGCAACCUCACCGGCAUUGCGGUCUCCGCACUCCGCCUGCGCAGCGGCAGCCUCCGGCGGAAAGGCUUCGCUCACUACCUCGAGUUCGGGCUGCCCACCGGCAUCAUCGUUCAGCCGUACGUCGAGCGGGCGGUGCUCGUGUACCAGAAUCUGGGCAACUGGUCCGACCACUACUACCCGCUACCCGGGUACACCUACCUCGCGCCGGUGCUCGGGCUGCUGGUCUAUGACGCGGCCAACUUGUCGGCUGUGGGAUUGCAGGAGCUGAGCAUCGUCGCGUCAGGGACUCCGAUCUCUGUAAACUUCAGCAAUGUCAGGCUGGUGCCGCCAGGGGCUCCAGCGCCGCGGUGUGUCUUGUUUGAUUUGGAUGGUGUGCCGCAGUUCCAGGAUCUGGAGGCGACCAAUGUGUGCGCGACGUAUCGCCGAGGGCACUUAUCCAUAGUGGUGAACUCCAGUGAGAUUGCUCCUGCUCCAUCCGGCGUAGUUGCUCCACCAAGACCAUCCCCGGGGGGUCGUGCCAAGGCAUGGAAGAUUGCUGCCGGUACGGUUGGGGCCGCCGUAGCGUUGGGGCUGUUGGCUUCGCUUUUGCUAUGCUUGGUGAGGUAUGAAAGGGAUAAGAAGCUUGAGCUGAUGGAACGGAAUGCAGAGGUUGGGGAGACAUUGCGGAUGGCGCAGGUUGGCAAGACACAGGCACCUGUGGCGUUUGGGACACGGACGCAACCGGUGAUUGAGAACGAGUACGCUGCAUAGUGGAUUUCUUUGGGUUUCUGCAGAGUUUUGGCAACAUGAAUAGAUGGAAUCACUCAUCGGUUGGCUGAGGCAGCAAAUGUUGGAUAUCACGAGGCCGGCACCAUGAGCUUACCUUCUGCUCCAUGGAGGUUUAACAUAUUCUUUUGGCGGGUUUGAGGAAGUUUCAUUUUUUCCUUCUGCAGCAAUGGCUAUUGUUCAUGUUCAUAGUUGCGGUGUUCAUGUGUGGGGGAGUUCCUUCCAUCUCCUGGCAAGCAAUGGAGGACCAAUAUUUUUCAUGUCAGAUUUGGAAUCCUCAAUUAUUUUUUUCGGUUUGCUGUAUUCAAAACAAAAUGGGCUUGGUAAAUAAGGCUGAGGUAAUGUUCAUUGCACAUUGCACGGUUCUGUGUUGGGGGAAUUCAUUCAUCAGGCUUCAGUCCAAUUCCAUUUUUGUGCCAUUUGACUUCUGAUGUUUAGGCACCAGUUAAGAUCAUGUACAUGUUUACUUAUUUAAUUGCUGUGAUAAUUAGUCCGAUUUGGAAAAAAAGAAUCAAUUUCAUAUGUAUAAUUUAGUGUCAAUUCGUUGCUGAGUUUGUCUGUGUUUAUUACUGUUUCAAUGUUCAUCAACCUUACUGAUAUUGGUUCGUGAAAGAGGAAUCAAUGGAGCUCCAUUCUGUUU